AUGCAUAAUGGAGAAAGCUCGUCGAAUAUUAAUAAUAAUGUAUCUAUGGAAUGGAAUCAAACUAAUUAUAGUCUACCUACAGAAUGGUCUAUGAAUUUGACUCAAGAUCAAGCUACUAUAAGUUUGCCAAACGUUUAUAAUAACCCACUUAUAGAAUGGUCCGUAGGCUUUAGUCAAAAUCAAACCAAUAAUAAUCUACCUAUAGAAUGGUUUACGAACUUUACAAAUAACAAUCAUUCUCUGGAAUGGAAUGCAGGUCUUCCUCAAUCUCAAACUAAUACAAAUUUGUUAAAUGUUCAUAAUAAUUCGAUUAUAGAAUU